CUUCUUCUCCUCCUUCCUUUCUCUAUUUUCCUAUAUAUGGUUUAGGACGUUGAUCUGAUUCCACUUUCAAAUUUCGUUUUUUUCUCUUUCCUUUGUUUUCGUUUUAGGUUUUUGUUAUUAUGUUUUGGGUUUUUCUCUUCUAAUUAAUUAAGAUUUUCUCCAUUAAUCUUGUAUAUUCAGAAUUUGUUUUUUUUUUCUUUCAAUGGCACAACUCCCACCUAAAAUCCCCAACAUGACACCACAUUGGCCUGACUUCUCGUCCAAAAAACUCCCUCAUUUUCCCACCGCAACCGCCGUACAAAACCCAUCAUGGGUCGACGAGUUCCUCGACUUCUCAGCAUGUCGCCGCGGCAACCACCGUCGUUCUAUAAGCGAUUCCAUCACCUUCCUCGAAGCUCCAAUCGCCACAAGCCAUAUGGAAGAACACAACUUCGAUAAGUUCGACGACGAGCAGUUCAUGUCCAUGUUCACGGACGACGAUGAUGACUUACGUAAUUAUCCUUCCCAUAACAACAAUAAGAAUGUGGGACCCAGUGAAUCUUCCUUGAAUACAUCCACGCAGGUCGAUCAUAAAAUCUUUAACGACGAUAAAGAACCACCGUCCGAUCAUAAUAUGAAUGAUCAUAAUAAAAAAAUUAACGAAGAGGUCCGGGGCCAAUGCAAGACGGAGCCUGAGGAUGAUAGUAACAACUCCGGCGAGAGCUCCGGCAAAAGAACUCUCGAUCCCAAAAGGGUUAAAAGAAUAAUAGCAAAUCGGCAAUCAGCACAGAGAUCAAGGGUGAGGAAAUUGCAAUAUAUAUCAGAGCUCGAACGUAGCGUCUCUUCAUUGCAGGCGGAAGUAUCAGUGUUAUCGCCAAGAGUCUCGUUCUUGGAUCAUCAGCGUUUGCUUCUCAACGUCGACAACAGUGCUCUCAAGCAACGUAUCGCUGCCUUAGCCCAAGACAAGAUUUUCAAAGACGCACAUCAAGAAUCAUUGAAAAGGGAAAUAGAGAGACUUCAACAAGUAUAUCAACAACAACGCCUCAAUAACAUAGAGAAUGCAAAUUAUUCACCAAAGAAAGGAGCCGGAGCUACUUCGGCUGUCGACAUAAAAGCGUCUAUUGAAAAAGAACAAAUGCUCAACGUCUGAUAAAUCAAUCACAACCAACAAUAUAUAUACUCAUUUUUCUUUGCAAGGUCUUGACUGUGAAUCAAUCACAGUCAAGAGUUUUAGAAGAUGAUCUUUUAUGGUCAGCACAUGUUUUAAGUUGUGAUGAAUUCAGUUUGAUGUACUGUAAAUCAAUCACAUUCAAGAAUUUUAGAAGAUGAUCUUUUUAUGCUUAGCACAUGUUUUAAGUUGUGACGAAUUCAGUUUGAUGUAUAUUAUCUUUUUUUUUUGUGUAUCGUUUGUUUAUGUGGGGUUAAUGGAAGGG